AUGGUGAUCUUUAUGAAUGCUGAGGGGAAACAUCCUAUCCGAGGCGUACCCGAUGACACUCCGGGCGUGUAUUAUCGAUCCAGUAAGAAAGGAUGGAUGACACAAAGACUUUUUCGAGAGUAUCUGAGUGAAAGGAAAGCAAUGCGAGCAGAUCCACGUGGCCGCAACAAGACCAUCUACCUCGACAACUGCUAUGAUCUCCAGUUCUUCCCUCCAAAUGCCACCGACUUGUGCCAGCCAACAGGUUCCUUCAUCAUUAAGAAGAUAAAAGACGCAUGGAAAGCAAGGUGGAACGCGAAAAAGCUGAGUCUGAUCAAAGAGAACUGUUGGCAAAAUAAGGUUCGCAAGGACGGGUCGUGGUCGGGCAAGCUUCAAAACCCUGGCAAAAAGUUUUUCCUUCAGCUUGCAGUCGACGCAGUCAGAGAUGUCAAUCACCAGAAAGACAAGAACGUCAUGUCCUACGCUCGAAAAGCGAUGAUCCGCUGCGGAUUGUCGCUUGGAAUCGACGGAACCUGGUCUGUAGCCCAACUCUAUCCUCAUCUCCAAGAGAUAGUGGCGAAGCAUCGUACCCACUUCGAAGGCGAGCCUGUGACUUCAACUCCAGAUACACAAAAGAGCAGUACAGCUCCAGGUGAGUGA